AUGUAUGAUAACUACCAAGCUGUAGUGAAUGGUAGAAUUUGGUUGGUCUGGGAUCCACAAUGGUGUGAAGUUAGAAUGGUGAGAGAUGAAGCCCAAAUAUUUCAUUGUGAAAUCACAAGUAAAAUAGGAGAUAUUAAAUGUUAUCUUACUAUAGUGUAUGGUUUUAACGCUGUGGAGCACAUGAGAGCAUUAUGGGAGAACCUGAAAGAUGUAGCUAUGGGCGUGAACAAACCAUGGCUUAUAGCUGGAGAUUUUAAUGCAGUAAUGUAUCAAGAUGAUAGGAUGUUUGGCAAUCCAAUCACUUAUACUGAAGUUAAAGAAUAUUCUAAGUGCAUGCGUGAACUAUUACUAACAGAAGUCCAGUGGAGAGGAGACUAUUAUACCUGGUCAAAUAAGCAACUGAACAAUGACAGAAUAAAUAGCAGGUUAGAUAAGGCCUUUGGUAAUCAUGAAUGGAUGAUGACAUGGGGGCAUUUGAUAAUGCAGUAUGAUGAGCCUUUCAUUUCUGACCAUGCACCUAUGUUGUUAACAAUAGUGUCUUCUAAUAGCAGCAUCAAAGUUCCUUUCAAAAUUUUCAAUAUAUGGGCUGAGCAUAAAGAAUUUUUGGAGAUAACUUGCUUGCAAAAGAAAGAGUUGAUACAGUCUUUGGAGAAAUGGUCAUCGGGAGAAGAAAGUGCUUUACAACAAAAGGCUAAGGCAAGAUGGAUAAAGUUAGGGGAUUCCAAUAAUAAAUACUUUUUAGCACUGAUCAAAGAGAGGACUCAAAGGAAGAAGAUAACAGAACUCACAUCUCUCACUAAUAGGAAGCUUGUUGAACCAGAGGAAAUCAGAGAAGAGAUAGUAAAUUUCUACAAAGGCUUGAUGGGAUCUACAGCUUAUGUGCUGCCAGCAGUUAAAAAGCAGACUAUCAGGAAAGGGCCAUGCAUCACUCAGCAACAAAGAUUAUGUGCAGAAGUGACAGAAAAAGAGAUUUAUGAUGGACUAUCCUCAAUAGGGAAUGACAAGUCACCUGGUGUAGAUGGAUACAAUGCUUACUUUUUCAAACAAGUAUGGACUAUGUGA